AUGACUAUGGUAAGCCACUGUCGUCUCCCCGCCCCGUCCACCACCUCGCACCACCUCGCACCACCACCACCCCACACGCCAAGCGGCCGACUCCCACCCUCCCCACCUUACCCACACCUCAAAACUGACCACCCGACCCCCUCCCCCUUCCCCCACAGAUGAAUUCGGAAACUACAUCGGCGCCGACCUCGAUUCAGGCUCGGAAUCCGGCUCGGAUGCCCCUUUCCCUUUCCACGACGACGAGCACUCAGCGCCCCCUGCAGCCGAGGCCACCACUUCCGCACCGCUCAAGCCUUACGAUGAGGAUGAGCACGAGCCUUUGGCGAUGCAAGUCGACGGUGAGUGCUCGUUGGCCCUUUGGCCCUGCAGUGCGCAACGGUCAACAACACGGUCGCGAUCUGGGCUAGCACGCCGUACAGGCCAAGCGACCUGGGACAUGUCAACACCGCCAGCCCAGCCGGUCGUCCAACACGAUCCCUCGAGCCCUGACCGACCCUACAGCGAUCCGUGUGCAUAGCUGACACGCACGCACCUCCCCCCUCCCCCCUCCCCCUCGCAGAUAUCCCCUCAUCGAACGCCGUCAUUCUCCACGACGACAAGACCUACUACCCCUCCGCAUCGGCCAUUUACGGCGAAGGCGUCGAAACGAUGGUCCAGGAAGAAGAUGCCCAGCCCUUGUCGAAACCGAUCAUCGAGCCGAUCAAGAUCCGAAAGUUCCGCGCCGGCACGACCGAAGGACCCGAGCGGAGAUGGGACGACGAGUCAGUACACCCCCCCGUCAUGUCCGUCUUUCGAGACUCUGGAAGCUGAACCGAACGCUACACUCGCGACAGCUUCAUGUUGAUGCUCGCUUCCAACGCCGACAUGAUCCGCAACGUCGCCGUCGUCGGUCACCUCCACCACGGCAAAACCUCGCUCAUCGACAUGCUCGUCACCGAAUCGCACAAGAUCGACAUCGAGGCCGACCGACCGUUGCGCUUCACCGACACCCACUCGUUGGCCGAGGCGAGGAACAUCUCGAUCAAAUCCAGCCCCGUUUCGCUCGUCCUACCCAACUCGAGGGGCAAGCACUACCUCGUCAACAUGAUCGACACCCCCGGCCAUGUCAACUUUAUCGACGAGCUCGCGAGUGGGAUCAGGAUAGCCGACGCCGCUGUCGUCGUCGUUGAUGCGGUUGAAGGGGUCAUGUUGACCACCACGACCGCGGUGCAACACCUCGUCGCGGCCGGGGUACCCAUCACGUGCGUCGCGCGUCCAGAUCAACGUUGACCUUUUGACCGAGCGAAGCUGACCAACCUUAAACCGGCCCGUACAGUCUCGUCGUCAACAAGGUCGACCGACUCAUCCUCGAACUGCGACUACCACCGGGCGACGCCUACUUCAAGCUGAAGCAAACGAUCGAAGAGGUCAACACCGUGAUCAGCGAGAUCAACCCGGAUCCGAAACUACGCGUCUCGCCCGAGUUGGGUAACGUUUCGUUCGUUUCUGCUCAGAUGGGCUGGUGCUUCACCCUCAAAUCGUUCGCCAAACUCUACGCCGACACCUAUGGCCCCUUUGCAUCGAAAUCGACCGCGCGCGAAGAACCGUUCGACCCGAGUCGACCCACCCAAAUCCCCUUUGAUUUGGAUCAAUUCGCGGCGCGCUUAUGGGGCAAUAUUUACUUUGACCCCGAGACACGAAAGUUCCAUCGCCAGGCCGGGCGGGGUGAAUCGAGGCGCGCGUUCGAGUAUUUCAUCCUCGAGCCCUUGUACAAACUCUAUUCGCAGGUCUUGGGCGAGGACGUCGAGACUUUGAAGGCGACCUUGAAGGGCUUGGGGAUCGUGCUGAAGGAGGCCGUGUACAAGAUGGACGUGAGACCCUUGUUGAGGAUGGUCAUGAGUCAAUUCUUUGGCAAGUCGACGGGCUUUGUUGAUAUGCUGGUCGAUCAUGUGCCGAGUCCGAUCGAGGGGGCACGGUUAAAGGUGAGUGAGACGCAGACGCUUGGCUGUAGAUACGAGGCUGACAUAUUUUUCGUCACCGUUGCGCCAGGUCGAGACGACAUACACAGGGUCGAUCGAAUCAACACUGGCCAAGGCCAUGCUGAGAUGCGACCCCAAAGGCCCUCUGGCGAUUCAGAUCGUCAAGCUGUACCCGACACCGGACGCGAGCGAAUUUCGAGCGUUCGGUCGCAUCAUGUCGGGCAAGGUCACAUCGGGGAUGGAGGUCAAAGUGCUUGGAGAAGGCUAUUCACCCGAGGACGAAGAGGACAUGGUCACGCAAAAAGUCUCGGGAGUCUACGUCUGCGAGUCGCGCUACGACAUCCCCGUCGACGGACUACCCGCAGGUAACUUUGUCUUGCUCUCUGGGGUCGACCAUUCCAUCACCAAGACGGCGACAUUGGUUGAUGCCGACUCGAACGAUGACGAGGUUCGCAUCUUUGCGCCGAUCAAACACCUCACUCAAUCGGUCCUCAAAAUCGCCGUCGAACCCAUGGUCCCUUCCGAACUCCCUAAAAUGCUCGACGGUCUACGCAAGAUCAACAAGACGUACCCCUUGAUCGAGACGCGUGUCGAAGAGUCGGGCGAACACAUCCUCUUGGGUACGGGUGAACUGUACCUCGAUUGCGUGAUGCACGACUUGCGCAAGAUCUUUGCCGAGAUCGAUAUCAAGGUCUCGGACCCGGUCGUCAAGUUUUGUGAAACGGUCGUCGAAACUUCGGCGCUCAAGUGCUACGCCGAUACCCCCAACAAAAAGUGAGUGAGAGCUUGACCAUCCAGUCAGUUUUCGCCGCUGAGCUAAUGGCUCGCGCACUCGACUCUUGCAGAAACAAAAUCACCAUGAUCGCCGAGCCUUUGGAGAAGGGAAUCGCGGAGGAUAUUGAAUCAGGGCGUGUAUCGAUCCGUAUGCCACCGAAGCAGUUGGGCGCUCAUUUCCAAAAAGAGUACGGGUGGGACUUGCUCGCUUCGCGCUCGAUCUGGGCCUUCGGACCGGACGAACAAGGUCCCAACAUCCUCAUGGACGAUACGCUGCCUUCGGACGUGGACAAGAAACUCUUGUACAGCGUCAAGGAAUCGAUCAAGCAAGGUUUCCAAUGGGGUUGUCGCGAGGGACCGUUGUGCGACGAACCGAUAAGGAACGUCAAGUUCAGGUUGUUGGGCGCCGAUUUGGCGCAGGAACCGAUUUAUCGAGGUGGGGGUCAGAUCAUCCCUAGUGCGAGAAGGGUGUGCUAUUCUUCUUUCUUGAUGGCCACACCGAGGUUGCAGGAGGUGAGUCGUUCUCACUGGUCCCCCCUUUGAGCACAGCAACUGUGCUGACUUUUUUUCUUCGUCCCUGCAGCCGGUUUACUUUGUCGAGAUCCAAGCGCCACAAGACUGCGUCCCAGCGAUCUACGAAGUGCUCGCGCGUCGUCGAGGCCACGUGACCAAGGACCUCCCCAAACCCGGAUCACCGCUCUACACCGUACAAGCCUACAUCCCCGUCGUCGACGCGAACGGUUUCGAAACCGAUUUACGAACCCAUACGUUGGGUCAAGCGUUCUGUCUCCAAACCUUCGACCAUUGGUCCGUUUGCCCCGGUGAUCCAUUGGACAAGACGAUCGUUCUACGACCUCUGGAACCGGCCCCACCUCAACAUUUGGCGAGGGAUUUCGUGCUCAAAACGAGACGUCGGAAAGGGUUGAACGAUCAGGUCUCGUUGACCAAGUAUUUGGAGAAUGAGAUGGUCGUCGCGUUGAGCGCUUCGGGCGUAUUGGAUCCUUUGUUACUUUAA